CGAACUCAAAUUUCAUUAAACAUAAAUUACCUCUCAAGAUUAAGGGUUUGCUUUUUGGCAUACACCGAUACCUUUCCCUUAUUUUUUGCCGUCUGUUUCCUUUUCAGGGUCCGUGAUCGUAGCGUGUGUGUACAAGGAUCUUCACGAACUACUACUGACAAAUCAAUCUGUUGGGAAUGAAACUGACAAUACAAGGUUUGUGAACACCAGGAUAAUGACCGCAGAUAUGGAUCCUAAACCAGAAAAGUUACAACAAGAUGUCAUCUUGAAGUUCAGAAGCCUAGAGGUCGUUGAGGCAGAGAAGCAUUGCAUGUUUUGGAAUGGCUCCAGCAGGAGUCCAGACGGGUUCGCAGAUGAGGGUUGUCAUGUAGAUUCAGCGAAGAGCAGCUCAGUGGAAACAGUUUGUAGAUGUAAUCAUUUGACCUACUUUGCUGUCUUAGUUGACUUUCACAGUGGUGGCACAAAG